AUGGCUUUUGUGCAACGUCGAAAAGGUCCUGAUGUAGUGGGAUCGUUCGGAUUGUUACAACCUCUAGCAGAUGGUUUGAAAUUGAUUCUAAAAGAACCUAUUUCACCAAGUAGUGCUAAUUUCUCCCUUUUUAGAAUGGCUCCAGUGGCUACAUUUAUGUUAAGUCUGGUCGCUCGGGCCGUUGUACCUUUUGAUUAUGGUAUGGUAUUGUCAGAUUCGAACAUAGGGCUACUUUAUUUGUUUGCCAUAUCUUCGUUAGGUGUUUAUGGAAUUAUUACAGCAGGUUGGUCUAGUAAUUAG